AUGGUUCUUCACUUAUAUAUCGAUUGGAUAUCCCAGCCUUGCCGUGCCGUUGCUAUGUUACUGAUGGAGAAUAAUAUUGAACAUCAAGUUCAUGAAAUCGACGUUCUGAAAGGAGAAACUCAAAACGCUGAAUACAAACAGGUGAAUCCAGAUGGAAAAAUUCCAUCGAUCGUUGAUGAUGAUUUUCAUUUGGGCGAGUCUCAUACAAUAAUGCGCUAUAUAUGUGCAAGCAGGAAUCUACCUGAUCAUUAUUAUCCAAAUGAUAUUAAACAACGUGCUAGAGUUGAUUAUUGGUUAGACUGGCAUCACACAAAUUUACGUCACGGAUCAAUCCGUUUAAUAAAAGCAAAUAUACUUGCUCCUAUUAAAAAAUAUUCGCAACAAACAAUCGAUGAAUCACGAAAAGAAGGUGACGCUGUGUUAAAAUCAAGUUUAAACUUCAUGGAGGAAGCCCUGAGUAAAAAUAACUAUAUUGCCGGUGGAAAUCAAUUUUCAAUUGCCGAUAUUGCCUUAGCAUGUGAAGUGAUAACCUUGCCAAUUGUAGGAGCCUCAUACGAAUCUUACCCCAAUGUUCAGGCAUGGUUGAAAAGACUUUCAACAGAAAUCAAGUCCUGGCAUGAAGCUAAUGCGAAAUUAGAUCAACUUUUGGCAUCGAAGAGCAAAUAA